AUGGUCAAAAGGAUGGCAAAGAAAACCUGGAAGAUUGCUCUAGUGACAUUUCUCUUUCCAUCAGCAAUCACCUCAAGCACUGUUUUCACGAUAGGCCGAACCAUUCCUGGACUCAAAGGAGGAAAAUUUUUCCUUUUCUUCGUUUCCAUUUCUUUGUCAUUCACUUAUUUUCCAGUCGUACUUGAGGCCUUGGAUGAACUCAACCUUAUGACUUCGGAGUUGGGACAACUUACCAUGUCCUCCGCGGCCAUGAAUGAAAUAGUCCAGUGGAACUUCGCAGCAGCGCAUCUUAUGCACGCUCAGAAAACUAUAAAUGAUGGAUUUAAGACUUGUGCUUGCUUAUUGGGGAUGAUAUUCUUCACUAUUUUCGUCAUACGGCUAGUUGUAAAAUUGAUCAUCAAAGUUACUCCACAAGGAAAAGAAGUCAAGGAAAGUUAUGUCAUUGCACUACAGCUUGGGGUUCUAGUUAUGUCAUUCAUCUCUGAUAUCAUAGGCAUGAGGUCUACCUAUGGUCCUUUACUACUGGGGUUAGUCAUUCCAAAUGGACCGCCUCUUGGUUCAGCAAUCGUACACAAGACUGAAUACGUGGUCUCUGAAUUUCUUCUUCCAUUGUUCUUUUUCCGCAUUGGCUUUGACAUUAAUGUCUACUCCGUUGAAGAUUGGACGAGUUUUACCAAACUUCAGCUUCUGAUUGUUGUGUCAUAUGUUGCAAAGAUCGUGGGGGUUACAGUGAUUGCAUGGUGCUGCAAAAUCAGAUUCAAGAAUAGUAUCUUGCUGAGUUUAAUGAUGAGUACAAAGGGUAUAAUCGAGCUUAUCGUUUAUACUCAUUGGCGGGAAUUAAAGGCCAUAGAUGACCAAUGUUUUACCCAACUGGUGUUGUCUUCUCUUGGGAUUACCAUGAUUGUAACACCAUUGGUACGAUACUUAUACAAACCUUUCGGAGCAUCCAAAUCCAUACUUCCCCGAUUCAGAAACAUCCAGUCAAUGCCAAGCAACAAGUCUGAAAUGUUUCGCCUUCUAUGUUGCGUCCAAAAUGAAGAAAGUGUCCCCAAUAUCAUAACCCUCCUCGAAGCCUCAAACCCGACAGAAUCAAGCCCCAUUUGCGCCUACAUUGUUCACGCAGUCGAGCUCAUUGGUUGUGCUGCACAACUAUUACUCCCUUGCCAUAGUAAUGACAAGAGGAACAAAUUGUGCUCCAAAAACACAACCACUCAUCAAAUAAUGAGAGCCUUCGACAAGUACUCAAAAACUGCCGGUGGAUCAGUCAUAAGCCAACCUUACACUAUGAUCUCGCCAUUUAAAUGCAUGCAUGAGACCCUUUUCCGUCUAGCUGAUAACAAGUUUGUGCCGUUGAUCAUCAUACCGUUUCAUGAAAACUACCAGGGUAUUGUUGGCCCAAGUAUGACCGCUGGCAUACGCCAAUUCAACGCCAAUGUGCAAUCAUACUCACCGUGUACGGUGGGGAUCCUAGUCGACAAAGGCUUGUCCUGUCGGAUGAGCUUGCCCCACUUCUCUUUCAACGUGGCUGUGUUUUUCGUUGGGGGGGCAGACGACCGCGAGGUCUUAGCCUACGCGGAACGCAUGUCUUGCAACCCCAAUGUUGGCAUCACGGUGUUCAGGAUAACACUUCAGAGUACAUCAAAAGAAGGGAAAGAAGCCGAGCUGCAGGAGGCAAAGCUGGAUGAAGCGUUGGUGAACGAGUUUAGGCUAAAAAACAUGAGGAAUCAUAUGUUGUUAUGGCGGGAAAUUGAAGUGCAUGACGGAGUACAACUUAUGGAUGCGGUUAUGAACUCGCAGGGGGAAUAUAACCUCGUCAUGGUGGGGAGACGGCAUUCAGAUAUGACAUUGAGGGACGAAGAAAUGGCAGCGUUUGUCGAGAAUGCAGAGUUGGGAGUGAUCGGCGACAUUGUUGCUUCCUCGGAUUUUUGUGGUGGGACGGUAAAUGUGUUGGUGAUACAAGAAAGCAUAGAAUUAGGGUUUGGAGCAUUUCGAAGUGUGUCCAGAAAAGAGUCGGAAAGUAGACUAAGUUCGACGGGCACUAAACCUUUGUUACCCUAAAAUAGAGGAAGUUGUUUUUUCUGGAAUUGUAUGCUGCAAUUUCGCCAAUAUACGGUUGAGGCCACCAACGUUCGCAUUGAAGCGGAAUUGCCGGCAGAUAUGAUUCUGUACUCUUUCUUUUUUGAAGAUAUUGCUGAUACGAGUUAUGUUAAUUGAUCGAGGCAUUGAAAUUGCUUUCAGUAAUAUCUUUUUUUUCCUAGUUAGAAGGUGCAACUUUGGAGAUUAGAAAUUGUUGCUAUUUGCUUCUUUUUGUAUAGGAUGAUGACUUGGUUUUAAUUGUAGCUUGUUUUCUUUUUUCCCAUUAUUCCUUUUUCCUUCUCCAUUAUUUUGUAAUUAAAUUUCCAGAUUUAUGGCCUUUCUUGUGGCAGAGAUCUGUAUAGUGGUGCGGGACAUGUUCUUCUUAUAAUUUUAA